GGCACUGGAGCGCAUAUCUUUGCAGGGCACCGGGCGGACGCAGUAUUGGUCAUACUUUCGGAGACAGACGAAAAAAAAAUAAAACAAUGGAAAAAUAAUCCCGUGUGAAUCAAAGGCUGCAUUUACAAGUUGAAUAAGAACUCGUGAAAAGGAGUGAAUCAACAUAAUUUUGAGAGAGGAUUUCUUUCUAAGCAGGCUAUGGAAAACGAGAAGUCGGCGCAAACGCAUCCUUGGAGUCUGUCCUCAGUUUUGUAACUGUCGAUGAAAGAAGCAGCUCGGGACGACAGUUUCUAACAUGAUUUGAACCCAACACCAUAUUGCGGAGAUUGCCCUGGAACAAACAGGCACCACGAUGAAGCUCUGGCUGUUGGACACCGCGUGCGUGGUCUUUGCGCUGUGGGGGCUGAGCGCGCAGGUGAGCGGGGAAUGCGAAGCCCCCCAUUCCGGCUCCAAACUCAACCUGUCGGUCAGCUACCAGCUCCCCAGCUUCGAGGCCGACGCCCCCAUCCAGAACCUGCUGGUGUUCAAAGGGCAGGUGUACGCGGGGGCCGUGAACCGGAUCUACUUGCUGAGCGGGGGCCUGGCCAAGAGCUCCGAGUACCGCACGGGCCCCGUUCUGGAGCGUCCCGACUGCCCCCCCUGCCAGGACUGCGGGGGCGGGGCCAACGCGUCGGCCGCCGUCGCCAGGGACAACGCCAACGUGGUCCUGCUGGUGGAGACGUACUACGACGACGAGCUGUUCAGCUGCGGCUCCGCCCAGGGGGGCGUGUGCCAGCGCCACCUCCUGGCCGGCGGUUUCGGGGACGCCCGGGCGCAGUGCAUGCUCUCCCCCAGGACGGCCUCCGGGGGGCGCCACGGCUGCGCUGACUGCAUCGCCGGCCCCUACGGGACGCGGGUGCAGAGCGUGGAGAGCGGGGGCGUGGUCCGCUUCUUCGUGGGGAACUCGCUGGAGGCCCCGGGCCCCGGGCCGCAGGCCCCGCCCCUCCUCCCCACGCACGUCUUCUCGGUCCGCCAGAUGAAGGAGACGCAGGACGGCUUCCGCUUCUUCUCCGAGCAGUCCUACCUGGACCUGUCGCCGCGGCUACGGGGGGCCUACCCCGUGCGCUACGUGCACUCCUUCGCCAGCGGGCCGCACGUGUACUUCCUGUCGGUGCAGCGGGAGGACCCGGCGGGCGGCGGCUUCCACACGCGCGUGGCGCGGGCCUGCGCCGCCGACGCCGAGCUCAGGCGCUACGCCGAGCUGCCCUUCGAGUGCAUCCUGACGGAGAAGAGGAGGAGGCGGGCUCCGCGCAUGGAGGUGUUCAACGUGCUGCAGGCGGCCAGCGUGGCCCGGCCCGGCCGCGCCCUGCGGGAGGAGAUGGGCCUGGACGAGGGCGAGGAGGUGCUGUUCGCCGCCUUCGCCCGCAGCCGCCCCGACUCGCCCCGCGCCACGCCCAGCUCGGCCGUCUGCGUCAUCCCGCUGCGCGACCUGGCCGUCUUCUUCAGGGACUUCAUCCACAAGUGCCACACCCGCCCCCCCGCACACUUCAGCGGCCCCCAGGAGAAGCGCUGCUACAACUCGACCUCCGCGGGCGACUCAUCUACCUGCGGGAGGCACGAGGAGGGCUACCGGCUGGAGAUCACCAGCACCAUGACCCGGCUGGACUACUUCCACGGCCAGUUCAGCAACCUCCUCCUCACCUCCAUCGCCGUCUUCCCCAUGGGGGACGAGACGGUGGCCAGCCUGGGCACCUCCACCGGCCGGGUCAUCCAGGUGGUGGUCUCCCGCUCCAGACAGAGGACGCCGCACGUGGACUUCCAGCUGGACCCCCGGCCCGUGUCCCCCGAGCCGGCCCUCCUCCCGGACCGGUCCUUGUUGCUGGUGACGGGAAGCAAGAUCAGCAAGGUUCCGAUGGCGGGCCCGGGCUGUGAGCAGCUGUGGACGUGCCGGGCCUGCCUGCUGGCGCCGGCCUUCAUGGGCUGCGGCUGGUGCCAGGACCGCUGCUCCAGGGCCGCGCAGUGCCCCGCCCACCACUGGACCCAGGAGUCCUGCCUCCCCACCAUCGCCACGAUCUCCCCAGCCAGUGCGCCGGUGGGGGGGGAGACCAAGCUCACUGUCUGCGGGACCGACUUCGGCUUCAACAAAAGCGAGCGGUUCGACGCGGGGCAGAUCCGGAUCCAGCUGGGCGGGGCCCCCUGCAAGCUGGACCUCGGGAGCAGCGGCAGCAGCCGGUUGGUCUGCGCUCCGGGCGCCGUGGAAACGGCGCACAAUGGCAGCGUUGUCACGGUGCACAGCGGGAAAGAGCGGGCGGAGAAAGAAGGGUUUGCUUAUGUGGACCCGGUUAUCAGCCAGAUCUUCCCCGUUUUCGGGCCGAAGUCCGGGGGGACGAUGCUGACGGUGCACGGGUCCUUCUUAGACAGCGGCACGGCGAGGCAGGUGACGGUGGGGAGCGCAGUGUGUGAGCUGCACAGUAUCUCGCCCAGUGUGCUGACCUGUAAGACCCCGGCCCAGGCCUCUCCCACGCAGUGCCCCGUCACGCUGACCAUCGACUUGGCCGUCCGCGCCGCGCCCGUCCCCUACACCUACAACCAGGACCCCUACAUCGAGGGCAUCCAGCCCUCGCGCUCCUUCAUCAGCGGUGGGAGCACGGUGUCGGCGCACGGGGCCUACCUGCUCUCCGCCCUCCAGCCCCAGAUGCUCAUCGCCCCCGUCCAGGACAGGGAGGUCCUCCGAGUGGCGUGCGCGCGAGGGGAGGACCGGAGCGUGAUCCUCUGCACCACGCCGUCUCUGAAGGGCCUGGAGCUGCUCCCGCCCAUCUACACCAAAGUGUCCUUCGUCCUGGACGGCUUCUCCACCCGCCAGUUCGACAUGCUCUACGUGGAGGACCCCAAGUUCGAGGAGUUCGAGAGGCCCAUCGUCACCUCCAAGGGCAACAAGAACAUCCUGGAGAUAAAGGUUCCGUGGGUGGACCAGGAGGCGGUGCUGGGGGAGGUGCUGAGGGUGAGCAACCGGAGCUGCCAGGGGGUGCACCUGGUGGGGAACACCUUGGAGUGCACCGUGCCCACCGAGCUGCAGGCUGGACCCAAGGAGCUGGAGGUGGAGUGGAAGCAGGCCACCUCCUCAGUGAUCCUAGGCCGGGUGCAGCUGGCUCAGGAUCAGGACUACAGAGCCCUGAUUGCAGGCGGUGCUGCCGUUACAGUCCUGCUGCUCCUGCUGCUCUCUCUCCUGGCCUGGAGGAAGAAGAGGAAGAACAUCGAGGAUCUGACGGAGGGCAUGGUUUGGUACGACGGCCGCGCCCGCAUUCCGCACCUGGACAUGCUGGCCAACGCGAGGAGCACCAGCCCCACCAAUGAGAUGGUCUCGCACGAAUCCGUGGACUACAGAACCACCCUGCUGGAGGACCAGAGUGUGCCGCAGUCCCAGGUGGAGUUCUGCAGGCCCUCCGACCCCCCCGCCGUGUCCGGGGGGGACACGGACAUGGCCGCACCCCUGCUGGCUUCCGGGGUGACCGUAGACGUGGCCAGCCUGCACCCCGACCUGCUCAAAGAGGUUCAGCACAUGGUCAUCGCCCGCGAAGACCUACUGCUGCAUGUGACUGAGGUCAUCGGGAGAGGCCACUUUGGCUGUGUGUACCACGGCACCCUGCUGGACCCGAGCGGCCUCAAACUGCACUGCGCAGUCAAGUCCCUCAACAGGAUCACGGACAUGGAGGAGGUGUCCCAGUUCCUGAAGGAGGGCAUCAUCAUGAAAGACUUCAGCCACCCCAACGUGCUGUCCCUGCUGGGCAUCUGCCUGCCACCAGGGGGCUCCCCGCUGGUGGUGUUGCCCUACAUGAAGCAUGGAGACCUGCGCAACUUCAUCAGAGACGAGGCGCAUAACCCCACUGUAAAGGACCUGAUGGGGUUUGGGCUGCAGGUUGCCAAGGGGAUGCAGUACCUCGCAAGCAAGAAGUUCGUGCACAGAGACCUGGCAGCCAGGAACUGCAUGCUCGAUGAGAGCUACACGGUGAAGGUGGCCGAUUUUGGCCUGGCGCGGGACGUGUACGAUAAGGAGUACUACAGCAUCCACAACAAGAACGCAGUCAAGCUCCCGGUCAAGUGGAUGGCCCUGGAGAGCCUGCAGACGCACAAGUUCACCCCGAAGUCCGACGUGUGGUCAUUUGGGGUGUUGCUGUGGGAGCUGAUGACCCGGGGAGCCCCGCCCUACUCCGACGUCAACUCCUUCGACAUCACCAUCUUCCUGCUGCAGGGCCGGCGGCUGCUGCAGCCGGAGUUCUGUCCCGAUGCACUGUACAACCUGAUGAUGGAGUGCUGGCACCCCAGGCCGGAGAGGCGGCCCACGUUCUCGGAGCUGGCGUCCCGCAUCGCGGCUGUCUUCUCCAGCCUCAGCGGCGAGCACUACAUCCUGCUCAACACCACCUACGUCAACAUCGACCGGGUCAUGCCCUACCCCUCGCUCAUCUCCUCUCAGAUGGGCCUGGACAGGGCCUGCAGCACCUGAGAGAGGACGGGAUCGUGGGAUACGCCCGGGAGGACACGCUGCUCUCGUGCCGUAGACCACCCUGCGCGACGGACAGACGCUGGAUUCGCUCUGAAGAGGCGGGGGGGGGGGGAGGCGAACAUUGACCUUUACUGUCCCCCUGACCAGAGCAGCCAUGAACUUCUGAUCUGAUCACUAAAAACAUUCAGAUUGCUUAGAAUGAACUUUGACCUCCGACCUCCGUGGGGGUGUUUGGCCCAAUGACCUCAGUCUCUUUGACCCUAGGGAGAUCCUGUGAGCAGAAAAACCCAAAAGGUUUCUAUUAAAAUCGCUGGUGUUGGCAAAUGACUGAACCUUUGACAAAACUGGAUCAAGAGCAUAACUGGCCCCCCCAAAACUAUCACCAUAACUUCCUGUUGAACUUUGACCCUUGCGACAGCCAGUAAGGGUGGCCCACUGCUUUGUCAUUGUCACCUGUGCAUCCACACUAUGGCCACUGACACUGCUAUGGGCAAAACAAGGGACCACUGCAAACAUUCACAGGUCUCUUUUACUGAGGAGCUAUGCAUGUUUAUUUUCCUAAGCAAGCAGGCAGCUUUUUCUCCUGGUCAGAUAAUGUGGAUUACAUAUUAUCCAUUUAUACAGAUGAAUACUGAAUAGGGGCAGGAGGAAUUCCAGUUACAUAUCUUGCUCAAGUGUAACAUCAGCGAAAAACUGCUGAACGUGGUGUCCAAUACUUAACAUAUUUGCCCAGUAGCCAAUCAUUUGGCUGUAUCUUUUUCUUUGGGAUCAGGAUCAUGGCCACACUCUGCAUGCCGGCAUAGGUUGAAGCAGACUUGUAGUGCUGUGUUCUGUUUGCAGGUGAUCGUUUUUCUCAAGCCAAAAUCACUGUGUUCAGGCAAUCCACUUUUCUGGGAUGUUAUACAAUCUCUUCAGCAGUACCUGGCAUCAGUUGUGCAUGUGUAAUUACUUCAGACGGUCUUUUGAUCUGCUUUUAGUGUCUUGUUAUUGCUACACAACUCACCUUUGAGGAAUUUACAGAUGUUUCAUGAGCAAUAUGUGUAUUCUUUUCAUGUGUAAUGCUUUUGGGCAUGCUGGUAGGUAGGGGUAGCCUGUCAAGAUCAGAAGUUGAAUUUCAGUGUUAAAAAUGUAUAUAUAAUGCACUCUUUAUUUUCAAAAUUAAAAAUGUAAACCCGAA